CUGGCUAUUGAUGAUUCCCGAUGACUCAAAGAGUGGACAAGCACCUUUGAGGCAUCAAUAGAAUGCUGGAUGGAUGAGAGAAGAGUAAUGACAAUCUGGAAAGACUGAUGAAAGUUCUAUAAAUCUUUUGAGUGUCGCCCAGAGAUCAAGUCGGUGUUUCACCUGAGUUGAACAUGGAGACCAUUGCACAUUUCAGCCACCAACACCUGCUGACAACAUGUGAGAUCGGGGAGCAUAAAGAAGUUAACUGCGCGGCAUGCGAGAAGCACUGCUCCAAUCAAUCUUACUGUUGCAAAGAAUGUAAAUUUUUUCUCCAUAAAUCCUGUGCUGAGCUCUCGAGAGAGCUCAAACACUAUUUACAUCCUGACAAUUUGACCCUCUGUGAUACGGCAAAGUUGGGCUACCGCUACUGUGAUUUCUGUUUGAAGAGAUUCCGUGGCUUCACCUACCGAUGUCAGAAAUGUAACUUUGAUCUCGAUAUUGAAUGCGCUCUGAAGUCCACCAAUGGUUCCAAAGUCAAGAAGCAAAUUCAGCACUUCAGCCAUGGCGACCCCUUAAUAUUGGUGGAGGUGAUUGAUGAGGAUAAAGAACGAUGGUGCAGAGCUUGCGAAAGACGCUGCACAACCAACACGUAUUACUGUGGCUCAUGUCAAUUUUUUAUCCACAAGCCAUGUGCGGAGUUGCAGCAAGAGCUCCAUCACCCAGCACAUUUGCAUACCCUAAAGCUUUGCCCUGUAGAAGAUGAUGCAGGAUUAUGGUGUGAUUUCUGCGGAGAAAUUUUCCAUGGCUUUGUGUACCAGUGUAAUGAUUGUCAGUUUCACCUGGAUGUGAUAUGUGCACUAGAACUACCUCCCAGUGAACCUGGGGGUCAGACGGAGAUAAAGCAUUUUGGACACAGGCACCCGUUGACUCUCUGCAUGAGAAAUGAUGAAGAUGAAAUCCUCAAAUGCAGAGCAUGUGAUGAGAGCUGCUUAGGUCCAGCCUAUGGUUGUGAGCGCUGUGAGUAUUUUCUCCAUGAGUCAUGUGCAAAGUUACCGUUGGAGCGGGAACACCUCUAUCACGAACAGCAUCCCUUGAAGCUUCGGGUUGCAAUGUACCGCUACUGCGAUCUCUGUGGAAAGAGAAUUGAGGGCUACAUGUACAGCUGUGAGCAAUGCAACUUUGACCUGGACGUUUCAUGUGCUCAAAUGCCCCCCACCAGACCUGGAAGAAUAGUGACACGUACAAGGAAUAAAGUUGAAGAUAUAAAAGGGCGACAUUUCUGUCAUGAGCAUGGGUUGACAGGAAGCGAGAAGAGCGAAGAGGAUAGAGUUCUUUGCAGCGGAUGCGAGAAACAUUGCUCCGGUCUCACAUAUGCGUGUGAUGAGUGCAAGUUUUAUCUCCAUGAAGCGUGCUAUCAGUUACCCAGACAGUACAAUCACUUUUCCCAUCCGCUCCAUAAGCUCAUCCUCCAGAAUAGCCAUUCGGGGGUUUACUGUAGAGCCUGUGAAAAAAAGUGCCGUGGCUUUACUUUCUCUUGCAGGGAAUGCAAUUUCCAUCUGGAUGUUGUGUGCGCUAUGAUGGCUGAAAAAGUAAUUCACCCUGGCGGUCGCUAUAUUCCACACUUCAGUCAUGGGCAUCCCUUAAAACUCAUUGAUAAGGAGUUGAACACGAAGUGUUUAGCUUGCAAUAAACAGCGCUUGGACUCAGGCCUGAUAUAUGGUUGCAAGAAGUGCAGGGUGUGGCUCCAUAAGUCAUGCGCUGAAUUGCCGCAGAAGAUUGAACAUUUCUUUCAUAAAGAUUGCCCGGGUCAUCUCAGCUUGGUAGCUCGACCCACCCUGGAGCCCAUGCUGAAAAAGGCAAAGUGCCGGGCCUGUCACAAAGAAUGCCAGGGGUUUAGAUUCCUCUGUGAGCUCUGUGGAUUCGAGUUGGACGUAGAAUGCGCUUUAAUGCCCUCUAUCAUUCCUGAAGGUACACAGACAAAAUGUUUUUCUGGCCAUGGGCACCCUCUACAGCUACGUCAAAUCAAUGGAGAUGCUACAGUUCGCUGGUGCUCUGUAUGCGAGAAUCGUUGUGUCGGUGCAACUUAUGAGUGCAGUCUAUGCGAGUUCUUCGUCCAUGAAUCCUGCACAGAACUGACCUCAGUAAUCUUUCAACCCUCUCACCCUUUUCAUCCUAAACACAAGUUGGAGCUGCGCAUCAAAGACAGAUUCACGUGUAAAGCCUGUCUCAAAGAAAGUUCUGGCUUCACUUAUGAUUGCCAUACAUGCCCCUUCUUCAGCCUCCAUGUUGGCUGUGCAAAUCUAAAGCCCAAAAUACAAUUCGAUGCUCAUGAGCACUACCUUUGUUUCUUUGACAGUUUAUAUGCCAAAGUAAAGUGCAACGGCUGCAGAGGAGAAACAGUCCCGUGUUCGGGCAAGAAAAACAAAGGGGAAAGGGAAAGCAAAGAGGAAGUAGUUCGCUGCGUUCAUUGUGAUUACAAUCGGCAUCUUUUAUGUGGUCCAUUACCAUGUAAAAUCAAAUCUGAGAACCACAAACAUGACAUCCAACUCGAGGAUAAGUUUCUUGAAGACAAUUCGGGCAUAUACUAUUGCGAUGCUUGUGAGAGAAAAAGGCAUCCAGAAGAGAGCGUCUACAGAUGUACACAAGCACGAUGCCCAUAUGUUGCUCAUUUUGAUUGCAUGAAAUCUGAGGUCACAUGUUUAUUGAAGGGUGAGCAGAAAGAUGUAGAGUUAAGAACCCUCGGCACACGCAUUUCUGGUAAACUAAUGAGUGAAGACCAGGAGAUAACCGAGUUCGAACCUCAUGGUUCAACCGAUGUUAGAAGGGAAAUGGGCACCAAAGUUGUACCCCCAUUAGAGAAUUUACUGGAUGAUUUCCUUGAAGAGGAGCAAAUGAAAUUCCCAGGUGCUUUUCAUAUCUUGACGGAGGAAAUGUGUGGGUUAGGACUUAAAUCUUUCUGGGAGCCGCUGAAAGCUGAGGACGGCAUUCCAAAAGCUUCCCCAUUUUCUCAUCAAGCUUUCUCCCAGUUCAGGAACAUGCUAGAGCCUGAGACAGAGAACUCACAUUUCUCGAUGACAUUUUUUGAAAACGAAGUGCUUGUUGACGUUGAGGAAUUCAUGGUCGUCCAGAGCCUAGCCCCAGUCCUAAAAAGUUUGCUGGAGAAGCACGGAGAUAUAAGCGCAGGGUCUCGGUUGAGUUCGAAUUUAAAGAACCUGAUCUUCACUAUGCUGUGUGGGGCAAUAAGGAGCAUGUCCAGCACAAAAGUUGACCAUCCCUUCUUUGAGACCUUGUUCUAUAAUUGGUGGAACCAUGUUACAAUGGCCAAGCACGCCGGGUUCAAGACCCAGUUCUUCUUGGGUCAUUUGGACAAAAUCUUGCGAGCUCGCUUUGCUUUCCAAGCAGACAAAGUUCAGGAAGAAAAGCUGAAAGAGUUGGAUGGUCAAGCGGAAAAAUGUCAGGCAUCCUUGAAGGAAUGGACAGUGAAAGCAGCAGAACUGACCGAUGCAUGCAGGCAGUAUCGCGAAUCUGCAGAAUCAAGUUUAGUAAAGGUGCUGUCGAUUGAGGCAAAGAGAUUUGAGGGUAACACGGUCGCCUCUGCUCUGUUAUGAUGCUGUCCCACCAAAUUGUGGCAACUCUAAUUUCAUAUGAUGUCGUGAGUAGCUUCGGAAGCAGUAACAUUUUCUUCUUCU